AUGGCGAAGCCGACAGCCUCGCAGGUCAAGCCGCCAGCCGGCAAGCCCAGGGCGGGCAGCUCGUCGGGCUACCAGCCCAUCCACCAGGACGACUCGCAAGAUGCCAUCGAAGAAGAAGCCGGCGCACCCACAACGUACCUCCCGCCGCGCCGGUCGCGUGCCGAUCGUCGCUACCGCACCACCAUUAUCGCCCUCGUCGUGGCUCUGGUCGUGCUCCUAGCCUCCAAUCUCUACAUGUCGCUGCCAUACCUCUUCUCCGGCCGCGGCUCCGGUCCGUGCUCGUGUCGCCCCAGCAAGGUGCCCCAGUAUUUCCAGACGUCACCGAAUCUGUGGCCCGGACCAACGGCCACCGGCAACGCCGCAUUCCUGGCCCAGACAAGGACCUUUGAUCCUACGGCGACUUUCGUGCCCAAUGAGCCGCUGCAGACGGCCAUUCCCGUCAAGGGCAUGAAGCCCGGCAACGACACCAUCUUCAAGAUGAUGGGCUAUUUGUCUCCGUACUUUCCUUCUCCGGGCUUUGGCGUGGACGAGUACCCGCUGCCUGCAGGAGCUGAGAUCGUUCAGGUCCAGAUGCUGUCCCGCCACGGAGCCCGCUACCCUACUUCUGGCGUCGGCGUUGUUGAUUUCGCCAAGCGCAUUGCCAAUGCCUCCAACAAGUUCAAUCCGAAAGGGCCAUUGAACUUCCUCAAGGGAUGGGAGUAUCAUCUCGGGUCUGAGAUUCUGGUACCAAAGGGGCGUGAAGAGCUGUACAAUUCAGGAGUCCUUCAUAACUACAUGUACGGCAGUCUGUAUAAUCCCAAAAGCAAGAUUAUUGUCCGCACAACGACCCAGGAUCGUAUGCUCAAGUCGGCGGAAAACUGGAUGGCCGGGUUUUUUGGACUAGACUGGAAAAACAACGCGACGAUUGAGGUCAUCAUCGAAGCUAGCGGCUUCAAUAACUCCCUGGCGGGCGCUCUCAGCUGCUCUAAUGCUUUGUCCAAGACAUCUGCCAAUGAGGCUAGGCAAAGGUGGAUUGAUACCUAUCUCCAGGAUGCUCUUAAACGCUUCCAGGGGAUGACAGAGGGAUUCAAUUGGACUAUUAAUGACGUAUAUAAUGCCCAGACUAUGUGUCCUUAUGAGACGGUUGCAUACGGCUUUAGCAUGUUUUGCGACUUGUUCACCUACGAAGAGUGGCAGGGUUUUGGCUAUUCAAUCGACGUGUGGUUUUCGGCUGGCAACGCCUUCCACAGUCCUGUCGGGAGAGCAACUGGUAUUGGCUACCAGCAAGAAGUCCUUGCUCGUCUGCAGAACCACACCCUUGGCUAUUCAGGCUCACAAAUCAACGUCACUUUAGACAACAACACUGAGACUUUCCCAUUGAACCAGAGUCUCUACUUUGACUUCUCCCAUGACACUAACAUUGUUUCUAUCCUCACUGCAUUUGGUCUCCGUCAAUUCGCAGAGGAGCUCCCAGCCGAUCGUUAUCCCGGACCCCACAACUUUACCGUCGCUCAUAUCACCCCCUUUGGCGCCCGUCUCGACAUCGAGAUCAUCAAGACGCCCAAACCUGUCUCGCCAAAUCGCGAUGGCUAUCUGCGUGGCGAAGAGCAGAAGUACGUCCACUUCGUGCUCAACCAGCGAACCAUCCCGCUGGGCCUGAGUUUCCCUGAGUGCGAUGCCAGCCGCAAGGACGGCUGGUGCGAAUUUGACACCUUUAUCAAAAUCCAGGAGGGCAUGACGGCAAAGGCCAAUUUCGACCAUGCCUGCUUCGGGGAUUAUCUUAAAGAGCCGUAUGGCAAAAUUACUGACGGCGCCCCCAUCUUCUAA